UUCUUUUGCUGCGCAACCGAAUGGAUAGUGCGCCGUUUCGCCUCGUGGUCGGAUAAAGACAAAUUAAAUCGAUUGAUUGAUUGAGCUAUCGUUCUUGACAUUGUUGGUUGUAGAUCAGCGCUUGCCGGUGCGGUGCAGUGUAGUGCAGUGUAGUGCAGUGCAGUGCAGUAGGAGGUUUGGGUGACAGGAUUAUAUAAAUUAGGAAAUACGAAGUGACACGAUUGGAACAUUUAUUGCAAAGUGCGGACUUGCGGAUAAAUUACGAUGCAGAAUCCACCUAAGUCAAACGUCCCGAUGCAACCGGCCGUCCGGCGGCGAAUGUCCCGCCACGGAUCGGUUUUGAUCGAAACGGCCCCGCGGCAAAUCCCGUGGGAUCUUAUCGACCGACUGUUGAUGCCAAUCAUCGCCUGCCACGCGGCCGCCAUCAUCAUCUCCAGCUUGCUGAGCUUUCUCGGUAUCUGUCAGUUGUCGGCGUUCGCUUUGUUCUUCUUUUUUUCGAUCUUAACCGUUAGUGCGGCGAUUGGGUUCCACAGUCUUAAGGUUUCACCCCUGGGCAAGAGUGUCCUCAUCACUGGCUGCGAAUCGAUGGUGGCUCGUGCCCUCGCAAAAAGACUCGACGAUCUUGGCUUCACGGUUUUCGCUGGCUUCAGGAAUUUGGACGACAAUCUGGAUGCCGGAACACUGAAAGCUCUCUCGUCCGGAAGGUUGAAACCGAUUCAGCUGGAUGUCACAUCGGAGGUGCAGAUGCUGGAGGCGUCGCUGUACAUCACCGAGCACCUGCCGGAAGGGGCGGAUGGGCUGUGGGCGGUGGUACACUGCGACAUGUGGUGUGCCCUUGGUGAGCUCGAAUGGAUCCCGUUCCCGGUAAUGCGAAAGUCCUUCGACAUCAAUGUUUUAGGAGUGUCCCGCCUGACUCAGAUCAUGUUACCGCUAAUUCGCCGAGCCGGUGGUCGCGUGGUAUUCCUGUCGUCGGCCAUUGCCCACAUUCCGUCACCGGUGCGUGGAGUGCAGUGUGCCACUCAGGCGGCCAUCGAGGGUCUUGCGACCUGCCUGCGUCACGAGCUGAAGCAACGCACCGUCACCGUUUCGAUCAUCUGUGCAAGCGAGUUUGCUUCCGGUAAUGCCUGGCUAGACGACAAAACGAUGCUGGACCAGGCCAAGGCAAUGUGGGAGCUGCUGAGCGACGAACAGAAGUCGGAGUACGGGGAGGAUUACUUCGAGCAGGCGAUACGAUCACUGGAAAAAUACACUAACACUGACGGCGAUUUCCACUCGACGGUGCGCGCUUUGACCGAUUCCAUCAUUCGUUCGUUCCCACUGUUCCGCUACACACCGUUAUCGCGUUACGAAAAGUUACAAACCAUUAUCGCGGAACAUCUGCCCAGACCGGUGUACGAAAUGUUCUACCAGAACUAAAUUCUGUCCAGUUUUCUCGCGUCACGCGCUUAUCUUUUGUGCCAUACCAGAAUCAUGCUUUUAUAGCGUCGUCGUGUUUGUAGCGAAU